AUGGAAGAAACGGCAGAAAAAACAAAAUAUAAAACUGAUAAGGAAAAAGCAAGUAGUAUAUUGCCAUCAUGGGCCAUCUUCUCUGGAGGGGAGAAGUUUGAUAUCUCUACUGAACGCUUUGGUGAUCCCAUCAUGGGACACUAUCAACAAUUAAGCGAUGUACGCUUUAGAGUUCUCACAUCGUGGGAGGCCCAAGAGAAAUGGGCCGUGGGACGUCAUUUACCCCAACGGUCCUCUGCAGGAUAUAAACUGCAGUGGGCAGAAUCACAACAACAGGCACGCGCCGAUGCCGUUGAACACGAGUAUGCGCGCAAAGCGCAAGAGAACAGAUGGUAG